CCGCCGCCGCCGCCUCGUCGCCUCAGCCUGGCGUUUUGUUCCGGGAGACCCGAGAGGCGAGCAGAGCUGACAGUGAUUUUGACAGUGAUUUAAACCCGCUUUUGUUGUUGUUGGCUUUUCGUUGUUUGGUUUUGAGUGCUGUUCGUAUGUGUGGCGGUUUUCCCCGUGGUGCAAUUAAAAAAAUUUUUUUUUAUUGUUGUGCCUUUUUUUCCCUCCCCCCUUAAGCCUCCUUUUUAAACCCCGUGAACGUUUUUUUUUUUUUUUUUCUGGACUGGGGUUUCCGAGUAUGUUUUAUGACGGUUGAUUUUAUACCAGGAGGCUUGUCUCCGAGGAAGACCCGGGGAACUGGAUAUCUAACGAGAACUUCCUACGGCUUCCCCGGCGCCUGGGGAAAAUGGGAGCUGCAGCGAAGUUGGCGUUUGCAGUCUUUCUUAUCUCUUGUUCUUCAGGUGCUAUACUUGGCAGAUCAGACACUCAGGAGUGUAUUUUCUAUAAUGCUAAUUGGGAAAGAGAUAGAACCAAUCGAACUGGUGUUGAACCCUGUUAUGGUGACAAAGAUAAACGACGGCAUUGUUUUGCUACUUGGAAGAAUAUUUCUGGCUCCAUUGAAAUCGUGAAGCAAGGUUGUUGGCUGGAUGAUAUCAACUGUUAUGACAGGACGGAUUGUAUAGAAAAGAAAGACAGCCCUGAAGUAUAUUUUUGUUGCUGUGAGGGCAAUAUGUGUAAUGAAAGGUUUUCUUAUUUUCCGGAGCUGGAAGUCACACAGCCUACUUCAAAUCCAGUUACACCUAAGCCACCCUAUUACAACAUCUUGCUCUAUUCCUUGGUGCCGUUAAUGUUAAUUGCAGGAAUUGUCAUCUGUGCAUUUUGGGUGUAUCGACAUCACAAGAUGGCAUACCCUCCUGUACUUGUGCCAACACAGCACGCCUUUCAUAUAAUGAUAGAGGAUCCAGGACCACCCCCACCUUCUCCAUUACUAGGGUUGAAGCCACUGCAAUUGCUAGAAGUGAAAGCAAGGGGAAGAUUUGGGUGUGUCUGGAAAGCCCAGUUGCUCAAUGAAUAUGUGGCUGUCAAAAUAUUUCCAAUGCAGGACAAACAAUCAUGGCAAAAUGAGUAUGAAGUCUAUAGUUUGCCUGGUAUGAAGCAUGAGAAUAUAUUGCAAUUUAUUGGUGCAGAAAAGCGAGGCACCAAUGUUGAUGUGGAUCUUUGGCUAAUCACAGCAUUUCAUGAAAAGGGCUCCCUCUCGGAUUUUCUUAAGGCGAAUGUGGUCUCGUGGCAUGAAUUGUGCCACAUUGCAGAAACCAUGGCUAGAGGGUUAGCAUAUUUACAUGAGGAUAUACCUGGCCUGAAAGAUGGCCACAAGCCUGCCAUAUCUCACAGGGACAUCAAGAGUAAAAAUGUGCUGUUGAAAAACAACCUGACAGCGUGCAUUGCUGACUUUGGUUUGGCGCUAAAGUUUGAAGCUGGCAAGUCGGCAGGUGAUACCCACGGACAGGUUGGUACCCGGAGGUAUAUGGCUCCAGAGGUAUUAGAGGGUGCUAUAAACUUCCAAAGGGAUGCAUUUUUGAGGAUAGAUAUGUACGCCAUGGGAUUAGUCUUGUGGGAACUGGCUUCUCGCUGCACUGCCGCAGAUGGGCCUGUAGAUGAGUAUAUGUUGCCAUUUGAGGAGGAAAUUGGCCAGCAUCCAUCCCUUGAAGACAUGCAGGAAGUUGUUGUGCACAAAAAAAAGAGGCCUGCUUUAAGAGAUUAUUGGCAGAAACAUGCUGGCAUGGCAAUGCUCUGUGAAACCAUAGAAGAAUGUUGGGAUCAUGAUGCAGAAGCCCGGUUAUCCGCUGGGUGUGUAGGAGAAAGAAUCACUCAGAUGCAGAGACUCACAAACAUCAUCACCACAGAGGACAUUGUAACAGUGGUCACAAUGGUGACAAAUGUGGACUUUCCUCCCAAAGAAUCUAGUCUAUGAUGGUGGUACCAUCGGCACACACUGAGACCCAAGACUGAGCUGGAGCUGCUAAGCUAACAAAACUGCUUAGUUUAUGUUCUGUGUGAAAUGCAUUGGAGGUCUCUUGGAAAUGCGGAAGACCCUCAUUGAACAAUGUGGCUCUGGGAGACCGACUUCAUUGCCUGCAGCACAGACGUGAAGGACAUGAGAGAGAGACCAGUUGCAGACGCUACAGAAACUCUGCGCAUAUGCGAGGGAGGGCCCUCACCAGAUCUCUGAGGAGCACUUGGACCUUGCUAAUGGAGCAUUGGAAAACUGACGUCAGAUUUCUUAAUGUCUGUCCGAAGACACUAAUUCCUUAAAUGAACUGCUAUUUUUUUUAAAUCAAAAACUUUUCAUUUCAGAUUUUAAAAAGGGUAACUUGUUUUUACUGCAUUUGCUGUUGUGUUUCUAUAAAUGACUAUUGUAAUGCCAACAUGACACAGCUUGUGAAUGUUUAGUGUGCUGCUGUUCCGUGUACAUAAACCAAGUCAUCAAAGUGGGGUACAGUAAAGAGGCUUCCAAGCAUUACUUUAACCUCCCUCAACAAGGUAUACCUCAGUUCCACGGUUGCUAAAUUAUAAAAUUGAAAACACUAAAAUUUGAAUAAUAAAUUGAUCCAUGUUUUGUAACAAGGUAUUACAAAUUCACUGUGUUAUUUAAGAAAAAAAAAAAAAGGUAAGCUAUGCUUAGUGCCAACAGUAAGUGGCUAUCCGUAAAGCAAUGUUUUAGUUUUUCUUGUGCUAGGCUUGUGAUUUAAGGAAAAAUUGCUGUUUUUUGAAACGAAACAAAAAUGGUGUCAUUUUCCCUUCUUCCUACAUCUUAAAGCUUCAUCUUAUCUCUAGUUCCCAAAAUAUUGCAUACUUACCUAAGUGUGUGUCUAUAUAUAUCUAUAUAGACACACACACAGACAUAUAUAUAUUUUUAGGUGUGCCGUGUUUGGGAACUACUUGGAAAUUUAAAGCAUGGUUUAAAUUUUUUUUUAAUGAGCUGUGACACUGGAAAGCUCUUAAUUUUUAUUCUUUUUAAAUAGAUUUUUUUCCUAUUUAUGUGUGUAAAAUUGUAGGGUAUUUCUUUUCACCAAACUUUGUGUGGGACAUUCUUUAUCACUGUUUUAGAAUCGCCUCAGGAAGUGUCAUUACCCAGAAUUCCUCACUCUCUGCUUUGAGACUUGUAACUCUGUCACUCUACUUUUGCUUGGUGCCAUCUUGUCAGAGUAAUAUUUGACAUCUGUGGUGUGUCCAGAAGUAGCCUUGGAGAGGGGCUUUGAAUUGAAGCACGGAUUUCAGAUGUUACUGCUUUAAGACAAAUCAGGGACAACAGUUAAUCUUAUGCAAUGACAUGUAGAGGUAACCAAUGUUGAUAUAGACAACAUAGCUUGGCCUCCUCCCCCAAAUUGCUUUUACAACUAACUGAUAUUAAUUUAGGAUCGUUCAUGCCUUAUCCUUGCUAAGAAAAUGGAAUUGAUGGUAGAUAGGUGCCAAAGAGCCUUUCAAAACUACUGCAUUAGAAUACAAUUGGAUUCAUUGUCAAAUUUAUCCAGGCCAAAGUAAAUUGUUAAUUUCUUAAAUCUCAAGAUUACUGACCAACAAAUAGCCAGUAUUAUGCUAUGUACUUUCUUGUCAGGUCAUUUCUAAAUUCAUAUAUUAAUUUUAUAAAAUAAUUUUUUACACGACACCAGGAUUGACUUGGUGGCAAUGAGUAUUUGUUUUUUAGUUUUAUUUUUUAUUUAAAAAAUUUAAAUCAGGAGCCUCACUGUGAAUGUUAUCUUCAGAUGGUUAUUUAACCACACAGUACACACUACAUUUUACAUGAUAUGCACUUACUCUCUGGGAAGAAUAAAUUAUAUUAUUUAUAAUAUGACAUAGGUCAACAGACUCUCAGCAGGGAGGGAAAGAGAAGGGUCAUUACAUUGUUGUCUGUGUGCCACGCACCAUACUGGGCUGUUUGUGCUCUUGGUCACAAGGACCCAAAGUGUCAUUGUAUUCCUAAGAACUCGUUUUCAAGGUUGAGUUCUUAUUUCAAAAAGUACUUGGCCUCUCAACUGCUUGGUUAGGUUUUCCUUUCAUUUUGAAACAAAUUUAAGGGAACAUAUUGAGAAAUGUGUAUAAAAGAAAAUGGUUCAUUUCCUGAAGACUUAUUUCUAUCUGUUGUAAAACUUUAAUCCUGUUUUUAAAGUUAAGAAAACAUAAAACAGGGGAUGAUGUUUGGCUUUUAUGUGAGCUCUGGAGGUAAAUUUUAUAAAACCAACUAUUCACAAUACAAAAUGUUUUCUCUUCGUGGUAGGAAAACUUUUUAGAAUUCCUGGGUAUUGUACUUAACUCUAGCUAACCAAUUUUAAAACUUGUAUCCUUUUGCGAACUAUGUUAAUAGAAUACUUUUUUAUAAGCAGUAAAAUAAGAAUGUUCCAGUGACUACCUGUCUUGAUAAUACCUAGUCUUGUUACAGUUUCCUUUUGCAGGGCAUUGCAGUGUUUGGUUUACAGUAAGUGCAGAGUGGGCAAGUUCAUACCAAGUUUGAGCUAGGGAUGUUGGGAAGAAUAAGGAAAAAAAGUGAUUUCUUGGUUUUGGGGAAAACUGAGACCCCAGUUAACUUUUUCCUCAUGUGUAUGGUGCUCCUGAUAGUCUUAUAUUUUGCCUUUCUGAUACCCAUUCACAACUGCUGCUCUAACUUAUACUCUUUACCUUGCUCAGAUCUCCGUUUGAGGAUUGCUUUAUGAUCAACUGCCAUAGGACUGAUGGAUUAACCAGUGUUUGGCUUUAUGUGAGGUCUAUGCCCUGACACAGCUCUUGUAUGUAUUUUAGAUGCUAGGAAGUCUUUUAGCAUGUGCUGUGUGAUUCUUGUUUGGGUGUUUAUUACAGGUACCUUUUGGAUUCCAGAACAGAGACUGUGCCUCAAAAGUGCUGGUCCUGUGAACUUGCACUAUUCUUUCAUGGUGACGUUUUGAAAAUAGAACCAGGAGAAAAAUCACCACGCUGGGAUUUAAAAAUAGAAUCAUGACAUGAAAUUUUGAAAGAAUUUUUUUCCCCUGCCUUCACCCCUAGUAACAUCUACAUUUAAGUAAAAUGCAGGUGGGUAGGGAAAACCUGACCAGAUGGUAGUUUAGUGGAUUAAACUGUUUAAAAAAAGCUUCUCCACAGAUAUUUUCCAGUUUCUCUUUUUUACCUUUUUUAAAAAUUGCUUUUUAGGAACAUUUGGUAUAAUGUGCAUAAAUUAUUUAACAAUUUAUGGGCAAAAUGAUACAAGUAGCAUCUUGAUUGACCAUCAUUUACCUCAGAUAUUGAACCAGCAGUACGUUUUUAUGCAGUCUCAACCCAUGUCCUCUUUGUUACCUCUCAGAUAUUGGUAAGCAGUUAUUUUAGCUUUACUCUGUAUUUCUUGUCAGUGUUUUGGGCACAGGUUGUUGUACUACUGUCAAAUUGUACUUGCUAUUUUUUUUCUGCAAGUAUUUAACAAAAAGCUUAAAAAAAAAAGACCCAUAAAACCCCAUCUUGGAUAAGUGAUUGUUAAAUAUUGUACAAAUAAAAUGUAUGCUAUCCCCAUUCCGCCCCCAAGUUAAAUAAAAAAUGAAUACGGUA